AUGGCCGUUCCUUCGAUACAGAAGGCCGGCUUGCCGACGAGACCAUCUCUGCCACUCGGCCUCGACAAAUCCAACUCACUAGAUCAGAACACUGCCUUGAUCACCGCUCUACAAGCCCUAGACAUCAUGGGAGGACCUACUUGGACGAUCGAGGAGCGCCGCGAUCUGCUGCGCAUGCGCACCGACUACGACUUGACCGAUGAACAAGUCCAUGAUUUGAUUGGCCGUAUCUACGGCGAGGCCUGGCGCAAUAGCAGUCCUCAACGCAAGAAAUACACUAUCAAGGACAUUCGAGACGAGAUCAGUUCUCGAUGGAAAGCCGGCCACCGGAAUGGCCACUACGAAACCAUCGAUCCAGAGAAUGGUGUAUAUGAUGCCAACGAGACAUACGAGCGUGCACGAUCCGACCAGCGCAUUCGCAAUGCUGCUCACCAGACUGGCGGCUUGAACUGGCUACGCGAGGAUGGACAAGGGGCAUUGGCAACGCCAAACAUGGCAAUACCUCUCCAUCCGAAGCCAACGCCUUACCGUCGAGAUCCCGCCUCUUUUGCUGCUGCUUUCGCUACUGAGCAGGCUCAGAAGGCUGGAGGGCGAGCAGCGCAGCCAGCGAUGAUGCCAGGAGGGCAGGGUUCAGACACCACUGCUCGUCCCCGCCGAGCUGCUACAGCACGAACUCCAACCACUUCGGCUAAGCCUCCACAGACGGGAACUUCAUCGAGGCCAAGCAGAUCAUCCGCCGCCCGGAACACAGCGACGUCCAUACCGCCGAGUCAGGCUGAGCAGCCGACAGUGGAGCCAACGCCAAAUGUUCCCACCCGCCCCGGCCGCAACCCUGCUGUGCGAGCCUCUCAGAAACUCGAAAUGGUUCACGGCCAAGACAUCGACGUUGAGAACGAUCGUCUCACACUGCCUUCUGAUCGAGUCGUCAAGACAGUCGACAAGUCCUUGGCAAUCUACAAGCACGGCGGUGAACUCAUCCACGUCUGGAAUCCGCGUCGUCAACGCUUCGAUGAUCUGAUUCGCUGCGACGGCGACGUGUGCAACAAAUGCAACGACUGCGGCAGAUCUGGUGGGCUGGCGAUCAAGAUCAGACGUAGUCCCACGGAUGGCCUGCCUUUCGUUCACCUUGGCCAAAACAGCAUUCAAAACAACAAUGGCGAGUACAUAUUCAGCCAUACGGGCGCUCCGUCGAACGAUGAGUUCACAGUGCCGCCUCAUAGGCACACUGUGAAGGUUGAGAUGUGGUGCAGGAGCGGAGGAGAGGACAUGCGUGUGACUGUUCUCGGCUGUGUGGCUGAGCGCUGUGCCAUUUGCAGCCCAGCUACCUUUGAGCGUGAUGGCGGAGAUAUGGACUACCACAAGAAUGGUGGCUUCUAUGGUGAAAAUGAUGUGGUUGAGUCCGAUGGGGAGGAGAGUGUCUGUACUGAUACUGACGAUGACGGCCCUGCUGGGUCGGCAGGCGAGGCAGAAGAUGAAGACGCUGAGGACGCAACCAGUGUGGCGGGCGAGAAUGAGAUAGCUAUCGAUUAG